AUGUUCGACGUGGAGUACGCCCGGUGGCUGGACGACCACGGCCGGCGCAUGGCCGAGCUGCACGGAGCUCUGCACGCGCACUUGCCAGAUGCUGACCUCAGAGCCAUCGUGGAUGACACCCUGACCCACCACGAUGAGCUGUUCCAGCUCAAGGCGUCAGCAGCCAAGUCCGAUGUGUUCCACCUCCGAGCGACGCUGCUGCCCCAGCUGGAUCCCCUGACUGAGCAGCAACUGGUAGGCAUAUGCAACCUUCAACAGUCAUCACAGCAGGCGGAGGAAGCUCUCUCCCAGGGCCUGGACCAGCUGCAUCAGUCACUAGCUGACACCAUGGCUGGUGGAUCUCUGAUUGAUGACACCAACAUGAGCUUCAUGGGUCAAAUGGCCCUUGCCCUUGGCAAGCUGUCCAACCUUGAAGGUUUUGUGAUACAGGCUGAUAACUUGAGGCAGCAGACUCUUCAUCAGAUGCACCGGAUUCUGACAGUUCGUCAGGCGGCGCGAUGUUUCUUGGCCAUUGGCGAGUACCACAACCGCCUCCGUGCCUUAAGCUCCCCCCCUGGGUUUCUCGGCCUCGAGAGAUACUGGUUGCAGAUGAAGGCAGUUGUGGGGAGAUAA